AUAUUGGAAUGUUUAUCUCUAUAUAUCUGAAACAUGCUCUGUUUUCACCACCACCUUACUCCUUUUCUGUUCAUUCAUUGAAAUCCAAAAAUAUUCCCAAAAAUCUUUUUCCAUUUUUGUCUUUUCCUACCUACAAAUGGUUAACCUCAAUAUAAUCAAGAAGAAAAUGUGGAUGUUUUCACAUUGAUCUACUUCUCCUUCAAUCCCCUCUCAAAAGGUUCUUUCUUUUUCAUCCCUUUUUGCGUUAUGGAAGUUGUUAUGACCAACAACAUUAUCAACAAACAAAGCAACAUUUUAGGUUCAAAAACCAUCAUUCAUCUUCAAAAGCUUUCAUUUUGGUUCGCCCCAACAACUCGUCCACCUGGUUUUCUUCUUCUCUUUCUCAAGUAGCAUACACUACAAAGUUCAGAACUAUGGUUUAUACCUUUUGUGACACAAUUUCUUCAUCUGGGUAUGAUAGUUUGGAUUUGUUUAAUCCAACUUUGCAUGACUUUGGAGCUUCUAAUGGCGUUUCGAGAAAUGGGUUGCCAACAUCUGAUUCAUUGAUUUUAGAAAGUGAGAAGGAAAAGGUGGUGAAGUGCCCUGUGACUGCAAAGGUAGGUAAAGAUGAGAUUUCUCAGGCUAAAGUUUUGGCUGCUAUGAAGAAUCAUAGUGAAGCAGAGAAGAGAAGGAGGGAGAGAAUAAAUGGUCAUCUUGCCACACUACGUGGUCUUGUGGCUUCCACUAAUCAAAAGAUGGACAAAGCCACGUUACUUGGUGAAGUGAUUAGCCAAGUUAAGCAAUUGAAGAAGAAUGCAACGGAAGCAAGCAAAGGUUAUCUCAUUCCAAUGGAAACUGAUGAAGUGAAAGUUGAACCAUAUAAUGUUGAAGAAAGAAAUGGAUGCAUGUCUUACAUAGCAACUAUAUGUUGUGAUUUCCAACCUGAGAUACUAUCUGACCUCAGAAAAACACUUGAUGCACUUCAACUUCAACUAGUGAAAGCAGAAAUGUCAACAUUGGAAAACAGAAUGAAGAAUGUAUUUAUUUUUACAUGUUGCAAAGGGGAUAGUAUUAAUAAUGUUAAGGCAUGUCAAAGUAUUGCAAAUGUUGUUCAUAAGGCACUAGGUUCUGUGCUGGAAAAGGCUUCUAAUUCAUUGGAAUUCUCACUCGGAAGUUCAUAUCCAAACAAGAGGAGAAGAAUGUGCUUUGUUGAAGCAUCUACUUCAUGCAAUCAUGGAUCUUGUUGUACAUGCUAAGAGUGACCAUUUUUUAUGAUGUAUGUUUCUGCAAAUCUAGAUUCUUUUCGAAGGUAAUUGCAAAGUUAACAACUCUAAAAAAGGCUAAUGUUGAAGCUGUUGUCAGUGUUUGUGUGUGGAACAGUUGUAGAUUUGGGUUAUUUGCAGUGUAAUGCAAUCAAAACAAGGAAUACAAGCCUUGGAUGCUUAAUAUUUGAGUAUGCUUUAAUAAUUAUAUUAUGUUCAACAUGUGGCUAAAUAUCAA